GUUCUUAUUCGAACUAUCGUUCGACAGGUUCCAGUUUAACUGGUGGUUCUACUGGUGUCGGUACCUAUCGCAGUACAUUUUCAUCUUUAGGCUCAACAGGCGGUAGUAGCUAUGAUACAACUACGCUCAGCCGAUAUGGACUAAUUUUUUACAGGUCCUACAAUAUACUAGCUUGUUAAACAAAACAAACAACAUAAACUUAAAAAAAGACACUAAUAAAUAACAACUUAGGUUUAUGAAUUAAAGUGUUUUACAAAUUUAAUUAAAUAAUAAACUAAAUAAAUGUAUAAGAAAAGUUCAGUGAAAAGGAGACAAAUUUAAUGGUAUAGCGCCAAAAUUGUAACCUAGUGAUUUAUUAUUUACAUAUGAAUGUUUGUAUUUAUAUGUAUGUAUGUUUAGUAAAUAAUGCCACAGCAACAACACCUUAACAAAAUAAAUAAAAAUAAUAAAAAGUGAAUAAACAAUAUGUAAAGAAAGCAAAAAAAAAGUAUAGAGAAAAUAAAUACAAACAAUAAUAAAAAAUAUAAAAUGUUUAUUUUAAAUAUAUAAUUAAAUUAUGAUAGAUGUUAAAAAAACAAGAAAUAAUUUUCAAAAACUUCCAUCACUUAAGCAAAGAUGUGAUCCUGUAGUUAAACCACAAACUGCUGUAAGAAACACAAAACAAACGGCGACAACACUUAAAAAUAAUAUAAAAAAUCCAGCAAACGAUUCAGCAACGAAAACCAAUUCUACAAAAGCAACAAACGUCACAUCUAAAACUAACGGCAGUGCAAAAAAUUCCAAUCCUGUAAGAGAAGCAAAUCAACAUUUUUUCUUAGUCCAAGAAUUUAAAGAUCAAAAUUUUCUGAAAGCCGAAUGUGAACUGGCCCAUGCUCAAGUGUAUAAACCAUCUUUAACUGAAAAUAAAACAUUAAAUAAGAAUUUUUUACCAGCUGUGGUUGAUAAUAGUCGUUCCAUCAAUAGUUUUAUUAAUAAAUUUUCCACAACUAACAAUAAUUUGUCAGGGAAGUCAGCAGCUUUAGCUGCCACAAUAAAUGGGAUGCGACGAACUGGUAAUGGAAGCCAUUUGGGAACAACCACAGCGGUUGCCACAUCUAUCAAUAAGGCAGACUAUACUGGUAGCCAGUUCAAAGGAUUAUCAUCUGCCACAGCCACAUCAUUAUCAUCAUCAUCCACAUCGUCUUCAACACCUGGUACCUCCAAUGCAACAGCUUUAAAAAAACCCACAUCAGUCUAUACCACAACAAAUUCCUCAUAUAGUUCGGCAAAAUUACUAUCACGUACCACAGUUAAACCGUUGGUGCAUCGUAGUGGCGUUAACACAACAGCAGCAUCAGUUUCAAAUUCUGCUAGUGGCGCAUUAUCGUCAACUUCGUCGUCUUCACCCCCAAACCAAAGUAAUAAUAACAACAAUAACGGUAGCAAUAGUAGCUUAAAUAGUAUAACAAAUUCCGGUAACAACAAUAUGCAGACGUCUUUGGAUCAAGACGACAUUAAAUUCAUCGAUAGCGAUGAACAGCCUGCAACAGGAGCCAUGAUGUCCGAACGUAAAUGCGAACAGCCACGUUGUUGCUUAAACCAUACGCAUAGUUCGGGCAUAACGAAAAGUCGCGUUAGGCCAAAGUCAACAAUAAUAUGUUCCACAACGUCUACCACAGGCACCUGCUCUUCCUCGUCAUCGGGUAAUAGUUUGGUUUUUGAAAAAGUCAACAAUUAUAAAUAUGCUAAUGGUAGUUUACCCUCAUCAGCCACCACCGAUAGACGCAGUGAAACGGCUAUUGACUCGAACAGCAUUCGAGCGUCCAUUGAAAAGUUCAAUAGUUAUAGUGAACAGAAACGUAUACCGCUUAGUUCCGUAACGCUGCGUUCACACAGUGGCAGCGGCAGUACUAGUAAUCUGCAACAUCAUCGGCACAGCAGUGAUUUGGACAAUUGUAAUCUUCGAUUACCGAGUGGCGGUGGAGGUUCUCUAACACGUACACCUUAUCGCAGUUCUGGCUCGACGGCGGGCAAAGUAAUAACUAGUAUUUAUCCAAAUGCCUCGGCUGCUGUAUCAUCGGCAACGGCUCGUCAUCAUCAUCACCAUCAUCAUCAUGCGUUAAGCAGUAGUCCGAGUAGUACUGGUAGUCUGCCAUUAAAAUCAAGUAAACAUUAUGUUCAAACGGAAACGGAUUCAUCAUAUACAGGACUGUCCAGUUCUGUAGAUGGUGAUGUUAGCAAAAAGAAAUUAACCUCCAUAUCCGGUGGUCUUUGUAAUAACACAGACGACAACAGUGUUCGCAAUUCUGCAACUUUACGUAGUGUUCUACCGCCGGCUUCACCCACUUCAUCUCGUUACUAUGAUAGGGACAGCUCAAGAUCAGCUCUAUUAACUUCCUCAACAUCGUCUCAUAAUAGUACAGACGAUAAUAAAAAAUCAACCGCUAGUGAAGAGGAGACUGAAGGCCUAUGUGGACUGAGAAAUAUCGGAAAUACCUGUUUUAUGAACUCCAUUAUACAGUGUCUUAGUCACACAAAUGAAUUGACAAAAUUCCUACGAAAUUACAAUGCCACUAAAUCUCCAACGUCCAAGGAUCAACAAAUUUUAUAUGAAUUUUCCAAAUUAAUUAAGGAAAUGUGGACAAAUAAUGUAAAUAGUGUUACACCCAUGGAAUUAAAACGAUCCUUCUCCGCCAAACAUCGCAUGUAUAGUGAUUACAAUCAACAAGACGCUCAAGAAUUCUUAAGAUUCUUUUUGGAUUCGUUACACGGUGCCCUAAAUAGUGGUACUAAAGGUGAACAUUUAAAAAUAGAUGAUAACUUAAGUGACAAUAAAAAAGCCGAACUUACUUGGGAAUGGUAUGGCCGUCAUGAGAAUUCUUUAAUACGUGAUUUAUUUGUGGGUCAACUAAAGAGUACAUUAAGAUGUACCACCUGCGGCAAUACCAGUGUUACUUUUGAUCCUUUUUGGGAUUUAAGUGUUCCCCUGCCUUCGUCAUCACGUUGCAAACUAGAUGCCUGUCUUGAUUUAUUUAUACGUGAGGAAGUUUUGGACGGUGAUGAAAUGCCCACAUGUUCGAAAUGUCAAACACGGCGGAAAUGUACGAAAAGUUUUACAAUUCAACGAUUUCCAAAGUAUCUUGUUAUACAUUUGAAACGUUUCUCAGAGACACGCUGGAGUAAAUUAUCAAAUAUUGUUGAAUUUCCAACGGGUGAACGUGAAUUGAAUAUGGGUCCCUAUGGUGCAAAUGCCAAUUCAAAUCAAUACUAUUCUUUAUAUGCCAUUUCAAAUCAUAUGGGCUCAACAGCUGGUGGUCAUUAUGUGGCUAUUUGUAAACAUCCGGUCUCAAAGAAAUGGCAUGAAUUUAACGAUAAUCUUGUGAGUGAUUCAUUGUCUGAACAUCAUCUUGUCUCGUCCAGUGCCUAUAUAUUGUUCUAUGAACGUGCGUAAGUGAUUAUGAUGUUAAACUUCCUCGUGCAUAUAGAAAAAAAACCCAAAAAGAAAAACGAAAAGAAUAUUAAACAAAAUCAACAGACAAACAAAAAGUAGACAAUUUAAAAACAAGGAAACUUCCAUCACUCAGCAAUGUUUAUUAAUUUUAAUUUUUUUUCUAAAUAACAAAAGGAAUCUACAAUUAAGAAAAAUUACUAACCAGACUGAGUAUAAAAGCAAGCAACUCAGUUUAAAUACAAAAUGACCUCAACAGGACAACAAAUGAUUAAAAUGAUUUGAAAAGAAAAAAAAAAUAAAUUGAGCUUUGAUAAAAAUAAAACAAAAAUAGUAACAGAAAUUAAGCCAGUGCUAAAAAAUAUUAUAAAUUUCCUUUUUUUUUUUUUUUUUUUGAAAAUUUACAACUUAAAACAAGCAACAACUAUAUAUGUAUAUGAAGAAACAAACAAACAAACCGGCCAUUCAUGCAGUGAAGUGGUAUUGCUGAUUAACUGAUUUACUACUAGGAAAAUUACUUAAAUUCUUAUGUUAAUAUUUAUGUUAACAAUAUAUUUAUAUAUAUUUUUGACUAUCCAA